UGUCCACUGUGCAUCCCCUGUUAGGAUGUGAACAAGAAAGAAGAAAACAAAGGAAACAUUUUCCACUACAAAUUCAACAAAAGGAAAGCUGAUACGCUAUUUCAUCUUCUUCUUCUUCCUCAAUUCAUCAUCUGAAAGUCAAACUGUGGCAUAAUUCAACUUUUUCCUCUCACCCUAGGUUCCUCUUCAACCUCUCCACACUUUUUCAGAGACAAAUUCCCCUUAUUUUCUCCCAUAAGAAUUAAUCAACCCCACUUUCACUUACCCCACGAUCCGGCUAUCUCAAAUCAACCCUCUCUCACAGACUAACAAACAAACAAAACACCGUUUCAUUAUGUACAACCCGCCAACACCAUGUAUUUAACCAUUCUCCUUAACCAUUCUUGACAAAAACAACAACUCUCCUUUUUUUUUUUCUCCUUCUCCUCUUCUUCACUCUCAAAUACCAGAUCCUCCCAUUUCAAUUAUUUCCCCCCUUCAAAAUUCCAAUACCAUAAUCCCCCAUCUCUCUCCAAAUCCUACAAUUUUCAAAAUAUUCUUAUUCUCUUUCUCUAUUCCCAUCACAAUUCACACCCAAUCCACACUCUCCCCUCACACUCCCCUCACUCUCCUCCCCCAACCACCAAUUUUUUCCAUCAAAGUUCCAAUCUUUUCCCCUCCCCAUCACCAAAAAUCUUGUUCCACUCCUUCUCCCCCAUCUGAUUACAUUUCAUUAUUCUGAUUCUUCCUCUCUUCACAUCACACUCUCCCUCCCUACCCACCCACCCACCAAUUUUUUCUUUCAAAGUUCCAAUCUUUGUUACCCCAUCACCAAAAAUCAUAAAAAAAAAAAAAUCUUGUUUUCACCCUCUCUCCCAUCUGGGUGCAUUUCAUUAUCCACCUCUUUAUCCCUUUCUCUCUCUGGCUUCAUAUUCUGGGGAUCCGUGAGAGAGGGAAAUGUGGGAUGUUUUCGUGGCUGGCAAGGAUAGUGUCGGCGUGCUUGAGACCGGUGCGGCGAUAUGCACGCAUGAGCAAGGGCGACAAUCUCGAUGACGUGUCCACCGUCGGCGACGCGCUCGUGUGGGGGAAGGACCUCGAGAAGCAUUCGUGCGGUGAAUUCUCCUACGCGGUCGUUCAGGCCAACGAGGUCAUCGAGGAUCACAGCCAGGUCGAGACCGGCUCCGACGCCGUCUUCGUCGGCGUCUACGACGGACACGGAGGCGCCGAAGCCUCGCGCUUCAUCAACGAUCACCUCUUCCUUAAUCUCAUGAGGGUUGCUCAAGAAAAUGGUUCUAUCUCUGAAGAUAUUAUCAGAAAUGCUGUUUCUGCUACUGAGGAUGGGUUUCUGACUCUUGUUCGCAGGAGUUAUGGAAUAAAGCCAUUGAUAGCAGCAAUGGGUUCCUGUUGUCUGGUUGGUGUUAUUUGGAAAGGGACGCUAUACAUUGCGAAUCUUGGAGACUCUCGCGCUGUAAUUGGUUCUGUAGGUAGAUCUAACAAGAUCAUUGCUGAGCAGUUGACCAAAGAGCACAACGCUAGCAAAGAGGAGGUUAGACGAGAACUCAAGUCUUUGCAUCCAGAAGAUUCACAAAUUGUAGUUAUGAAGCAAGGAACCUGGCGCAUUAAAGGCAUUAUCCAGGUAUCCAGAUCUAUAGGAGAUGCAUAUUUGAAACGGCCAGAGUUCUCAUUUGAUCCGUCAUUCCCUCGUUUCCACCUGCCUGAACCUAUCCGCCGGCCUGUGCUAACUGCAGAACCAUCUAUAUGUUCAAGAGUUUUAAGACCUAAUGAUAAGUUCAUUAUCUUUGCAUCUGAUGGACUUUGGGAACACUUGACAAACCAGGAAGCUGUUGAGAUUGUUCAUACCAAUCCACGAACCGGGAUUGCAAGAAGACUUCUUAGGGCGGCUUUAAAUGAGGCAGCUAGGAAAAGGGAAAUGAGAUAUAAAGACCUUCAGAAGAUUGGAAAGGGGAUUAGGCGUUUCUUCCAUGAUGAUAUCACAGUGGUUGUUGUCUACAUUGACCACGACUUGCGCUGCAAGAAUGUUACAGUUCCUGAGUUGUCCAUCAAAGGGUUUAUUGACACAGUUGGACCUUCCAAUUUUAGAAAUUUGCGGGGAUUGGAAUGAUCACAAGAGGGGGUUCAUUUCUAGAACUGUAGCCAACAAACUUGACUGGCUCUGCUUCAUUGUCCAAAAGGAAGCUAAAAGAAAUUCAAUACUUCAUUAGACAUUUUUGCAGCAUCUAAUUGUUCUUUAUCUUGAAUAUUUGUUCUCACUUUUCAAGGUUUUUCCUUGCUUAACUUUUAAGUUUUAAACUAUACCUUGUCUAUUGGAAACAUGUUUGCUGGUGAUAAAUUAGUGGAGCCAUAUUUUUCUCUUCA